AUGGCUGAUAGUAAUUCACUGCGCUCGGGCAUCUCAAGGACUGCGGAGUAUACGCCCCAGCCACUUGAAAUACGUACUCUAGAUGAGGAUUGGACUGGUCUAGCUGACUCGGCACAUCGGCGGAAAUUGCAAAAUCGCUUGAACCAGAGGCUCUACCGGAGACGAAGGCGUGCGAAGCCAGGCCCAGACUCUUCAGAAUCAGACACAUGCGCCACGAUCGGCACGUUGGGUCCAUCAGAGGGGCUCCCCUUGACCACAGCGGAACAACAUGAGAUGAGUGAGCAGGGCCUCACAUAUGCGGGAGUUAGGGAAAAGAUACUGCAAGAUGACAUUCAACCAUCCGAGAAGGCCUGCUCCAAUGACAAAACCAAAACCAAAACCAAGCCCAAAUCCCUUCAUGCAAUGAGCCAAAUAGAGAUUCGCCAACUCAUGGCUGAGUACGAAGUAUCCGCCCAUCAGGCCUUCAUACAAUGCUCUCCAAGAACCGAUCAACUCCUAACCCUGAUCCAAUUCAAUGUCUUCCGAGCGCUGGUGGAAAAUACCACCACGAUAAAUUUUACUAUGGACUGGCUCGAGGAAGAUUCCAUCUCCCCGUGGUGCAGACCCGAUGCGCUUGAUGAGUCCCGGGUCCAAUUAUGUCCGGUCGAUCUUCAACCCACCCAAUUGCAGCGAGAAGUCUCCCAUCAUCCGUGGAUUGACCUGUUUCCGAUUCCGCAGAUGAGAGAUAAUUUACUGCGGCACUACGAUGAUUUUGAUGAAGGUGCUCUUUGUAAUGACCUGGUUGAUUUCUAUGAGGUUUCAAAUGAUCAGACUGGUCUCAUUGUUUGGAGGAGGCCGUGGCAGCCGGCGGGGUGGGAGGUUAGUGAGACGUUCUUGAGGAAGUGGAGGUGGGUUGUUGAAGGCUGUGAUGGGUUGUUCGAGUCAACUAAUUACUGGCGUGCGAUGCGUGGAGAAGAUCCACUGGUAUUUAACACUUAG